CAGGAUCCUGUCAGGAAAGUGAAAUCAAAAUUAAGAAAAAAUACUUUCUGAGUUCGAAAGAAUAACAUUCUCUUUCCACAAAGAUUCAGUAAAUAUUAAAAUCAAACAGGCCUUGCAUUGUUUUAGUUGAUCGUAUGUGUGGUUUAAAAAGACACGUUAAACCUCUGGACGUGAAGAUGGUAAUUUCCACUUUAUGUACAAAACGGAAGACAGUGGAGGUGUUCUAGUUUACCUUUAUAUUGCGGUUUGUCCUUACGAAAAUGGAUGCCGAAGAAGAUUACCUCGGUGUUCCAACAAUGGACACGGCGGGUGGAUCAAAGGGCCGAUGUUUCACCCCCUUGCCUCAAACUUCCACCAGUUCGGGCCCAAUGGAUAAGGCUGGAGACCUGGGGGAUAUGACGUUUUGUAUGGCCAAUUAUGUGAAGGAAGCUAUGCAAAUGAUGCUUAUGAUGCGGAGUCAUCAUAUGCUGACUGAUGUGAUUUUGGAAGUUGGGGGAGAACUAUUCCAUGCACACAAAGUUGUCCUAGCUUCAGCAAGUCCCUACUUUAAGGCAAUGUUCACAGGUGGUCUCAAAGAGUGUGAAAUGUCACGUGUAAAGUUACAAGGUGUGUGUCCCACUGCAAUGGCAAGGAUAUUACACUUCAUGUACACAGGCCAGAUAAGAGUGACUGAAGUUACAGUUUGUCAAUUGCUGCCAGCAGCCACCAUGUUCCAGGUUACUAAUGUCAUCGAUGCAUGCUGCGUAUUUCUGGAACGUCAGCUUGACCCCACAAAUGCAAUUGGUAUUGCUAGCUUUGCAGAACAACAUGGUUGUAAAGAUCUGAACCACAAAGCAACUCAGUUUAUUGAGCAACAUUUUACUCAGAUCUGUCAGGAAGAGGAGUUUCUGCAAUUAACAGCAAUCCAGCUUGUGGCUCUCAUCAAAAAGGACGAAUUGAAUGUGCAGGAGGAACGUGAAGUUUACAAUGCUGUGCUGAAAUGGGUAAAAUAUGAUGAGGAGAAGAGGUACCCUAAAAUGGAACAUAUCUUACAUGCAGUCCGAUGCCAGUAUCUCACACCAAAUUUUCUUCGUGACCAAAUGAAAAACUGUGAUGUACUCAAGAAACUGCCUGCCUGUAGAGAAUAUCUGGCUCAGAUAUUUAAAGAUCUGACUCUGCAUAAGAAACCAUGCGUGAAGGAACGUACGCCCAAUACUCCACGAAUAAUUUACAUUGCUGGAGGUUAUCUCAGAAAUUCGCUAGAUCUCCUUGAAGGCUAUAAUGCUGAUGAUCGUACAUGGUCACAACUUGCUAAGUUAACUGUACCUAGAUCAGGGUUGGGUGGAGCAUUUCUAAAGCAUUUAUUAAUCUUUCCUCAGGGCAUGUUUUAUGCUGUAGGGGGACGUAAUAACUCUCCUGGCAGUAGUUAUGAUUCAGACUGGGUGGAUCGGUAUAAUCCGGUGAUGGACCAGUGGCGUCCCUGUAGUCCAAUGUCAGUUCCUCGUAAUAGAGUGGGUGUGGCUGUAAUGGAUGGUCUGCUUUAUGCAGUUGGUGGAUCAGCUGGCAUCGAAUACCAUAGCAGUGUGGAGAGGUUUGAUCCAGAAGAAGAUCGGUGGACGAGUAUAAAACCGAUGCACACGAAACGUCUUGGAGUGGGUGUGGCUGUUGUCAACAGAUUAUUGUAUGCAAUUGGUGGUUAUGAUGGCACAGAGAGGCUAAGCUCAGGAGAAUGUUACCAUCCAGAAAACAAUGCAUGGAGUAUGAUAACACCCAUGACAACACAAAGAAGUGGAGCAGGUGUGGCAGCACUGAACCAGUACAUCUAUGUAGUUGGAGGCUAUGAUGGACAUAGACAGCUAAACAGGGUAGAACGUUACGAUACAGAAUGUGACAGUUGGGACUCUGUUGCUAGUAUACGUGUAGCGCGCAGUGCACUCAGCGUCACUGUAUUAGAUGGAAAACUUUAUGCUAUGGGAGGUUAUGACGGACAGACGUUUCUGAACAUAGUGGAGGUGUAUGACCCUGAGCGUGAUGUGUGGGAAGAAGGUCAGCCACUCACAAGUGGACGUUCAGGACAUGCAUCUGCAGUGUCCUAUCAUCAGUGUGUGAUUCACUGUGAACAACAUGACCAUUCAAUGACAAUGGAUUCUCCUUCACCUAGGGGAAGGCCUAGACCAGGCAGUGAAAGAAUGAAAACGUGACGAAAGUGAAAAUUACUGAAUCCAUCUUUAAUGCUAGUGAAACACUGAAAACAUUGCUUUAGAAAGAUACUGAAUUCCAUUCAUGAUGAUAAUAUUACCUUAUUUAAAGACUUAUUGUGUAUUAAGAUUGUGCCUCUUUUAUUAUCAUAGCAUGCCACGUGGAGGGAUAAAAUAUCCCACAUUUAGUUUCAGUGAAAGUCCUUCCUGUUAGAUAAGGUGCUGUAUUUAAAUACCUGUUGCCUUAUGAAGUAUUUAUUGUUUUUAAUUUUUGUUGUAAGGAGAAAAUGUUAUGAAAUAUUGUCAAAGAUGACCUUUUGGCAGUUUUAAAUUAUUAGUAAUAUGUAUAUGAGUGUCCGUUACCACACAAGAGAUUAUAAUAUAUGUAUCAACUUUUCUCUUCGAUCAUCUUACAGAGAAUGUAAAGACUAUGAUUGUCAGUAUAAGAUGUUUAUCAGUGGUAAAUGUUUUUGUGUAUAAUGUAAGAGAGAAUAUUUAUUUUUAGAACAUACUUUCCUUCUUGUUCCCUAACUCAUAGCUUUGUUUUUGUGUUUUGUAACAGAAGAUUGUAUAUUAUCUGCUGAGCAAGUGCCAAAUUUUUUUGCAGAACUGUGAGAUUGUAGUCCAGUGUGCAUAAAUAAAACUGACCACUCA